CCAGGAGCUGAUCACGGCGGAGAGCGGGAGCAGACAAGGGCCAGAGCCCCUCCAGCUGGCUUUCUGAGGACCCAGGGACCCCCAGAGCACGCCAGCAUCUCUCCAGAAAACCCCCGCCCUCAUUGCUGCCAGGGCGCCCCAAAGCAUCUGAGAGAGAGCCCCAGACCCCAGCACCUACAGGAUGGCCGAGGGCAAGGUCCAGGAGGCGUCCACAAUGACCUUCCCAGGCGCCAGGGAAGUCGCGCUGACCCCGCCGCCGCCCCCCGCCCAGGAUGACCUGCCCUUGCCCCCUCCCAAGGAGGCUUUCUCCAAGUUCUACCAGCAGCGGCAGGCCAACGAGCUCCGGAGGCUCUACCGCCACAUCCACCCAGAGCUGCGCAAGAAUCUGGAGGAAGCCGUGGCUGAGGACCUGGCCGAGGUCCUGGGGGCCGAGGAGCCCACGGAAGGGGACGUCCAGUCCAUGCGCUGGAUCUUUGAGAACUGGAGUCUGGACACCAUUGGGGAUCACCAGCCCCACCAGAGGCUGACAGACGGCGAGGCGGUCCCCGGAGGCGAUGUGCGAGCCACGUCCAAGAAGUUCGAGGACGGCUCUUUCGGCGGCUCAGACCAGGCGCCCGCCAAGCCCGAGCCCAUCCAGGGGGACGUCCGGACGGUCCGGUGGCUGUUCGAGACCCAGCCAAUGGACGCGCUGACCAGUCAGACAGAUAUCCAGAAAGCCGUGCUCCGCGAGCCCCCGCCUGGCGGGGAUGUGCAAGGUACCAGGACCCUCUUCGAAACCAGGCCGCUGGACAGCCUGGGCCGGGCAGCCUCUGCCCAGGAGCAAAGUCCCCUGCAGCUGCGCUCCGAGAUCCAGGAGCUGAAGGGGGACGUGAAGACCACAGUGAAGCUCUUCCAGACGGAGCCCCUGUGCGCCAUCCGGGACCCCGAGGGCGGCAUACACGAGGUUCGGGCGGCCUGCCGGGAGGAGAUCCAGAGCACCGCGGUGAGGACAGCCCGCUGGCUGUUUGAGACCAAGCCGCUGGACGCCAUCAAUCGGGACCCGAGCCAGGUGCGGGUGAUCAGGGGGAUCUCCCUGGAGGAGGCGGCCCGGCCGGACAUCAGCAACACGCGCUGGCUCUUUGAGACGCAGCCACUCGACGCCAUCCGAGAGGUGACCAUCGACGAGAAGGACUUCCAGCCUUCCCCGGACCUCAUCCCCCCCGGCCCCGACGUCCAACAGCAGCGAAUGCUGUUUGAGACGUGGGCCCUGGACACACUGAAGGGCGAGGACGCGCCCCAGGAGGACGCGGCCGCCAAGGAGGCUGUGGUCGGAGGGGAUGUCCGAUCCACGCUGUGGCUGUUUGAGACGCGGGCCCUGGAGACUCCCAGUCGGGAGGUCCAGGUGGGGCGCCUGCAGCAAGUCAGGCAGCCGGAGGGCGACGGGAGGGACUUGGAGGGCGCCUCCAAAUCGGCCCUCGGCCAGCCCCCCGCCGGGGACGGGGAAGCAAAGGGGGACGUGAAGGCUUUCAAGAAGCUGUUUGAGACUCUCCCUCUGGACAGCAUCGGGCAGGAGAAGCCGGCUGGCCCGGCGGAGGAGAGGAAGCCGAGGGAGGGCACGUUCGCCGGCCAGGUGCAAGCCGGCCAGGCCCUGUUUGAAAAAUGGCCUCUCUACGCCAUCCAGGAUGGCCAAGGAGGCCUCCACGCUCUGACCUCGGUCAGCAGGGAGCAGGUGGUUGGGGGCGACGUUCAGGGCUCCAGGUGGAUGUUUGAGACACAGCCCCUGGACCGGCUGGGCCAGAGUCCUGAGAGGGUGGACGUCAUCCGGGGGGUCACCCGCCAGGAGGUCGUGGCUGGGGACGUCAGCAGCGGUCGCUGGCUGUUUGAGACACAGCCCCUGGAGGUCAUCCACCGGCAGCAGCAGGAGAAAGAGGGCAAAGAGGAGGAGCCCCCGGCGGAGGCGCCCCCCAAGUGUAGCGUGCAGACCAUGCGCUGGCUUUUCGAGACCCGUCCCAUCCAGGCCCUGUCGGGGCCAGAGGUCACGGGUGCCGGGCCCCAGUCCGACGUGCGCUCUUACACGUGGAUGUUUGAGAGCCAGCCCCGAGAGGGGCCCGGGGGGCCCGGAGAGCAGCACCUGCAGGUCAGACAGGCCUCCCCGCCCAGCACAGACCAACAGAUGGAGGCUCAUGUCUUUGAAACGGAGCCCCUGCUUUCCACUCAGGCUGGCGGAGGGAAGGACCCCGUCCAUUACUGCAGCCGUGUGGAGAUUCCCAUCGGGCAGGUCUCCCGAAGGAAGGAGGCCUUCGAGGGCCCGCUGGCGGCCGGAGGCCCGAGGGAGGAGCCCGCGACGCCACCCACACCGGGUGGCUCCGUGCGCAAGUUUACGUGGCUCUUUGAGAACUGCCCCAUGGACCGCUUACAGGCAGAGGCCGGGGGCAUCCAGGAGAUGCCCCCGGAGAAGGGCACAGUCACCGCCGCCUCGGGAAAGAGGUUUGUCUUUGAGACCGGCUCCCUGGGGGAGCUCCCGGACGACGUGGACGAGUCAGAGCUGCUGAGAAUUGAGAAGAAGGCGGUGGAGGGGGGGCCCGGCUCCCCCCAGACCCUCCGCUUCGAGAGCCAGCCGCUGUACGUGCUGCCGGACCGCCAGGGCCGGCUCCACGAGGUCACGGCCGUGAGGAAGGAAGAGGUGCAGAAGGCGGACUCCCGGGGCGCCCGCUGGGUCUUCGAGACCAGGCCGCUGGCCCCCGGUCCCGGAAGCGGGGAGGAGGUCUUCGUGCUCCGAGCCGUGACCCAGGAGGACAUCCGCCAGGGGGAGCGCAGGGCGGCCCGCUGGAAGUUUGAGACAGAACCCCUGGAGCCCACCAGACCCGGCCCCACAGAGGGCACGGGGCGGCCGGUGGGCAGCUACGUGAGGACCGUGAGUGUGAGCGACGUGCAGCAGGGGAGCGUCCGCACCUCCACCUGGCUCUUUGAGAACCGGCCCCUGGACUCCCUGAAGGGCGGCUCCGAGCCGGCCCCCGAGCCGGCCCCGGCCGUGCAGAGGCAGGACAGCCGCCGCGGGGACGUGAAGCGCUGCACGUGGCUCUUUGAGACGCAGCCCCUCGACCGGCUGCGGGAGCCCGCGGCCCCGGAGGAGGCGCCCCCCGAGGAGCUGCCCCGAGCGGACGUGAAGAGCACCACGUGGCUCUUUGAGAGCACGCCCCUGGACCGGCUCCGCGACCCUGCGCCCCCCGAGGAGCGCCCCCGGGAGCAGGUGCCCGCGGGGGACGUGAAGGGCACCACCCGCCUGUUCGAGAGCAAGCCCCUGGGUCACACGGAGGCCCAGAAGUCCAGAGGCCAGGAGGAGAGGGAGGCAGCCGCGGGGGAGACCCUGUGCAGGCUGCACCGCAGCCCGGGUGUCCUGCAGGGGUCAGGGAUCCUCAUCGAAGCGCACACGGCCCGGACAGUGCGCAUGGCCAAGUACCAGCUGCCCGGCCAGGAGCCGCCUCGGGUGCAAAAGGAGGAGCUGGUCCUGGGGGAGCUUCCCAGGAUCCUCCGCCGGGUGACGCAGGGCCCAGACGUGGAUCCUCAGGGGCUGCUGGUGCGGGAGGACGAGGCAGGCCUCAUGAAGCCCGAGCCGCUGCUGCUCUCCGCCCUGGCUGACAGUGGCCACGAGGUCUGGGACUUGCUGGCCUGGAGCUGGGCCCCCUCUGGAGCCAGAACCGGGCUGGUGAUCCAAGAGACCGAGCGGGGCCUGGUGAAGCUGCUGGUCUACUCGCUCCGGCUCCCGCCCGGGGCCCCGGAGAGGGGCAGUGUCCAGCUGUUAGCCAGCUGCAUCGAGAAGGGGGAUCUGAGCUCCCUCAAGAGCCUGCAAUGGGAGCCACCCACCGAGAGCCCCAGCCCGGCCGAGGGCACGAGCCCCCCAUGCCAAACUCCUGCUACCGCAUCUUUGGAGAAGAAGGUCAUCCACGUGGCUUUGCCGGACGGGGGAAUAGGGGGUCCGAGGGGCACGGGAGCCACUUCCACCGAUCUUCUGAGCAAGGAGGCAUGGGCGGAGCCUAGGGGGCUGCAGAAGCCCCCUGUGACUGCUGGAGACCCACGGGCUGCCCCAUCUGGGAGUGUGCCAGGCCCCGACCUCCAGGUAGCCAUGCAGAACCUGCGGCAGGCCACGGCCGAGGCCCAGAACCUCCAGCACCACAUGCAGAGCAAGCACAAGCCGAAGGCCGUGUCCCCGGCCCAGGAGGCCCUCCAUGACAGGCAGCCACCAGAGCCAGCCCCGCCGGGCAGCCCGGCCCCCAGAAUCUCCAGGGCACCGAUGCCCAGCGUCCUAGUGACCCCCGGGGUCCGCAGCAAGGUCAGUGCCGGUCAGGAGGCGCCAGUGGAAGGGUCGCUUGGGGGGAGGGUGCCCAUUCAGGAUGGCAUCUACUCGGCCAAGGCCGUGAGCACCUUCAUGCCCCCCGCUGGGCCCUUGCCUGCUAAGGGGGAGCUGGAAGCCAGGCCCCAGCAGGGGACUUUCCUGCCAGGGGCCCCCACCCCCCCAAGGAUCGGGGGCCUGGACACGGGCUCGGGAGCAGAGGGGGAAGGGCCCAGGGGCUGCGUGCAGGCCGCCCUGCAGUCUCUGGGCAAGGCCAGUAUGAACGUGAGCAAAGGCGACAUCAGAGCAGCCCUUAUCUACCAGGACGCGGCCCGCAGGGUCUGCCGCCCCACACCGAGCCCCGCCACUGGCCCACAGGCCCUUAACGCCUUUCCUCCCCCCCCAGCUGCUGUGACUGGAGCCCAGCUCCCGCCCCCAGCCGGCCCUGAAGACGAUGCUCUUUCCUGUGCCGUGGGCCCCCAGAAGCCCCACACUCAUCUCCCCAGCCCCGCCUCCGGCCAGAGACCCCCAGAGAGAGCAGAGACGGUCCCCCAGAAGCCCCAUGCUCAUCUCCCCGGCCCUGCCUCCGGCCAGAAACCCCCAGAAAGAACAGAGACUGUCCCCCAGAAGCCCCACAGUAUUCUCCUCAGCCCUGCCUUUGGCCAGAGACCUCCAGAGAAAGCAGAAGCAGAGACGGCCCCCCAGAAGUCCUGUGCUCAUCUCCCCGGCCCCGCCUCUGGCCAGAGACCCCCAGAGAGAGCAGAGAUGGCUGUGCUGGUCACCAGGAAGAAGCCUGCGCUCCCUCCCAAGCCUGCACACCUCACAGGCCCAGCCCACGGCCUCGCCCCUAAGUAUCCAGGCCUCCCCACCAGCCCCGGGGAGGCUCCAUCCCCAAGCCCUCCACACCAAACAAGCGGGCCUCCUGGCGGCCUCCUCGGUGGGAGCCAUCACCCCAGCCUGGCCACCUCGCAGGCCUCAGAGAAGCAGGCUGGGGGCAGCGGCGUCCAGGCCCCGGCGACGAGGUCUCCCCGCACCCUGAUGCCCCCUGAGGGGGACCCUGCCCCACUGCAGGGACCCAGGGGGCCGCCCGGGCCGGAGCCACAAGCGGAGGCCGAGGCCGGUCCACAGCAGCCCCAGGAGGAGAUCCCUCAGGGCCACGUCCAGGAAACCAAAGACAUCUUUGAAAACCUGAGGAAGCAGCAGGAGCUCCGGGCCAUCCUGAGCCGGGUCAAGGCCAUGGAAGAGGAGGCCGUGAGCGGGGUGGACGUGAAGGCCCUGCAGAGCCUCUUUGAGGCCGUUCCCGAGUGGGUGGGGAAGAGGCCCCCGACAUCGGAACCCCGGGAGGCCAGGCCCGGGCAGGUCUCCCCAGUGGGCCCCAAGGAGGUGUCCUCGGUGGAGCUGGCCUUCGGGGACCUGGCCCGGGCCAGCGCCGAGGUGGCCUGCCUCAAGGAGCAGACCCUGGCCCGGCUGCUAGACAUCGAGAAAGCCAUCCGCAAGGCCCUCAGCUCUGUGUCCAGCCUCAAGCCGGAGGCCGACAUCACGCCCCUCUCGGGCCUCCUCCCGGACCCGCUGAGAGAAGGGUCUUUGAGUCCAUCUCCGAGGGAAAGCGGCGCAGUGGUCAGCGCCCCCUUGGGAAGCAAGGCCGGAUCGGAGCAGCCUGGGCCAGAGGGCGGGGAGAAAGCUAAGGUCGGGGGUCUGGCAAAGGCCCAGGAUCCCCGGAAGAUGGAGAACCAAGCAGCAGUCAGAGCCCAGCCCCCAGCAGGGUCCGAGAACCAGAGAACGGAGCUGGGUGUCCCCAGGGUGCUGCCAUCCCGUGGGAGCUCACCCUCCUCCCCAUCCUUCAUCUCCAUCCAUUCAGCAGCCAGGAAGCCGCCCAGCCCUGGGGACAGCCCCGACAUCUCCCACCUGUCCCGGGACACCAUGCACUCUUUACCCCGAAGACCCCUGGCGGUGGCCCAGGAGCCCCUCGAAGCCACGCCUAUAGACCGGGGUCACGGAGAGCCGGAGCCGAGCCCGGGGGCCAGCCCCCUGCUCCCGAGGAGGCAGAAAAGCGUCCUGGAGCUGCAGACGGGCCCCCGGGGCUCCCAGCUGUACGGAGCCACCCACACCGUGACCGAGCAGUAUGAAGAAGUGGACCCCUUUGGGAACAAGAUCAUCACGUCAUCCACCACGGUCACCAAGCAGGCCGACGGCCCGGCCAGAGGGGGCUACGAGGGCACCUCCCCUCUGCUGCGCCGCUACCUGCACAACGCCUCCAGGGCCAACGGGGCCCUGCGGGAGGCUGGCAUGGUCUGUGUGACCUUCGGGAACUCCCAGCCCUCUGGCAACUGAAGCCCCUCCAUCCCUGCGCUCGGGAGGAGGGGUCCGCGCUCCAGACCAGCCUGCCCGCAGCGCCUCGAUCGCCGGCCCCCACCUCCCGGGAGACCGAGUGGACGUCCAUUAGGGGCAGAGACCAAAGCAGAGCUCACUCGGGGUGCCAUUGGGGGCUCCCCCUUUUUCCAUAAUUCUCCUUAACUCUGCUCCAUGGGGGCAAAGGGCAGGCGACCUUUCUUAGACUGGGCAAGGAGAGGUCAAGAAAGGCCCUCUGAGAUAAGAGCUGCCCCCGCCCCCGAGGGCCCACUUCUCACACUCACACUCACACAUGCUUGCACACCCAAUGACACAACCCUGUCUUCCUCCAGGCCCAUGAGGAUCCGAUGCACACGAGUCCCCAUGAACUCUCCCAAAUGUGCACGUAGUCCUAGGCUCUCACGCUCCCUGAGGGGUCCCCGACUUCUCCUCCCUUACAAGUCCCUUUUCUUUCCUUCACACCCUCUCUCUGAGGGAAACCCCCCUUAUUCUCCCCUCUUAUUUCCCCCCUUAUUUCCCCUUCUUAUUUCCCCCUUAUUUCCCCCCCUUAUUUCCCCCUCUUAUUUCCCCUCUUAUUUCCCCCCUUU